GUCAGUUGAUGAAACUGGAACAGAAAUGGUGGUACUCUAAAGGAAUGUGUGGCACCAACAAACAGGAUGCCACGACGAGUGCUCUAACCCUCAGUAAUGUGUCAGGAAUAUUCCAUAUUCUUGUAGGGGGUUUGUUACUCUCAAUGAUUGUUGCCUUAUGUGAAUAUGUUAUACAUCAACGAAUACGAAAACUUCGUGAAAGAGGAAGAAUGAAAAAGAUGAAGCCUCAAACAGUGCGCAUAGUGAAAAAAGAACCGCUAGAAGCAUUAAAAGAAGCGGGAUAUAGUGACAGAGAAAAUUCCGUGCUUACGGGAUAUACAUCAGGGACAGCUGCUGCCACCGCGCCACUAGUGACAUUUGACAGUUCUAAAUAUAAUUAUAGUCACACCUCUAGUCCGGAACAUUAACACACAUUAAAGGUGUUACAAAUUAUACAGUUUUAAAUAUAGCCAUAGUCACACCUCCAUGUUGGAACUUCAAUCAAAAAGUAAUAGCCACGCCUCCUGUGUUGGAUAUUAUAUUUACGUAUUAUAAUUGAUAUUCUAAUUAAAGUUCUAAUAAUCUAAAUAUGCACGUGCAUAGCCGGAACAUUGGUUACAACACGAUGCAACACGUUUUCCAAAUUACGUUUCUAAAUAAAGACGUACCCACAAGUCAUCUUUUCUCUGGAUGGCUAAGGUGCAAUACGUGUGACAUUUUACAGUUCAAAGGAAAGCUUUAGCCACGCCUCCAGUUUGAAGCAUUAAUUACAAAUUAUUGUUUUAAAUAUAGACAUAUCGUCAGGUUGGAACAUUAACAUACAUUACGUUUAUAAGGUUGACAGAUCUAAAUAUAGCCAUAGACACACCUCUUUCUAUCAUGGAAAACAUUAAACACGCCUAUUAUCCAUCCAACAUGUUUAUUCAUAUUUAUGAUUAUGACUUUUGUCAUUGGUUUAUAUUGCUUAUGUAUUUUCGAAUGAUGUUAUAUUUCAGCAUUGUAUAUAUAUUGCACCAUUUUUCUUCCAAAAUGAAUAAUAUCUGUUUGUUUUGAUUGUAUAAGUUUAAUAGGUCGCUCGUUUUCAAUUUCUUGUAAAUGCAAUUCAUCCGAGUACAUGUAAAAACUUCUGGAAUUGUUUGGAUUUAACCCAUGACCUAAUGGACUUGUCCAGCGUCCAUUUAUUGAUACUGUCCAUUAUCAUUGUAUGGGUAAAUUAGGAUGAAAAUUUAAAGUUGAUACAUGUAUAACCAAUAGUAUAGAGCCUGGUCAGACUGCAUCAAUGUGCUGGCGGCUGGCACC